GUUUACUUAUUUUGAUCUCUUUCAUUCUUUCCCUAACUUCUCCGUGAUCGACCGAGGUUCACAUAUACAACAAUGUCUCUCUCUACAUGACCUCUCGCCCCUUUUAUGACGUCUCCUUCGUUCUCUCUCUUUGAUGUUUAUCUCUAUCCUCUCUUUCUCCUGACCAUCCUCUUUUUAUUAUUCUUUCACUUUAUAACAACUUCUGUGAAACCUCUGUCUCUUACUCAUUAAUUCUUUCAAUAACAUAUCAAUUAUCUCUCUUUUGAUUUUUUCUCCUCUUUCUUUCUAGUUUUACAUAUACCUCUCCUAUCUAUUUCACCACCCCUCUCUCUCUCCCUCUCUCUCUCUCGCUCCCUCUCUCUCUCUCCCUUUGUGACACAUUCACUAUACACAUUCGCCUUCAGUGCUCGUGAUAUAUAUACAAAACAGCCGUCCAGCGCUGCUGAUAGUUAUAUUAUGUCAGAUCGGUUCUUCGUCGAUCUUUUCAAACGAUAUGGCAGAAAGCGACAACACCAAAGCCACAGAAUUCUCUGGUUAUGCUACUUCGGGUGAGCUGGAUACUGACAGCUUUAGAGAUGACCACAGAAUCGUAUAUUCAGAGAGCACACCUAUUUUAAGGUCGCAGUGGGUCUGGAGACUACACCGAUCACUGAGUAAUGCCAGCCUGGAAUAUAGUAGCACGUACCCUCCAUCAUACGAUUGCAUCUCGAAUCCAUUGUCCCAACAGAGAAACCAUGACGGACGACGGAAUUCCUCAUCCAUGCGGACCUUGGGAACAUUUGCAGGAGUAUUUUGUCCUGUGUCCCUAUCUAUGUUUAGUACCUUCCUAUUUCUACGAGCAGGUUUUGCUAUUGGACAAGCUGGAAUUCUUGUGAUACUUAGCCAAUUUGUCAUUGCAUAUGUGAUAUUGCUGCUAACCGUUCUCUCCAUUUGUGCAAUCUCUACCAAUGGACUUGUUGAAGGUGGAGGGGCCUAUUAUAUGAUAAGUCGAGCUCUGGGACCAGAAUUUGGUGGAAGUAUUGGCUUCCUGUUUUUUGUAGCCAAUGUCUUCUCUUGUUCUCUUUACACCUCUGCUAUUGUAGAAGGUUUGAUUCAGAACUUUGGACCAAGUGGUACAUUCACAUCUAACUCUACAGUAUAUCUGCCGUACGAUGAAACCAACCAUUGGUAUGACUAUAUGUAUGCCACCAUCUGCCUCUUUCUUUGCCUUGCUAUUUGCUUUGUUGGAGGAGCCAUGUUCGCUCGGUUUUCUGCCUUCAUUUUACUUAUUGUUUCCCUCUGUACACUGAUGACAAUAAUCAGUUUCCUUGUGAAGAAAGACAUCAUUCCUGUGCCGAUUCCACGUAGUAACACUUUAGUCUAUAAGAUGUCUAAUUAUUCAGACGUCUUUGGCAAUUAUACAGGAUUAAAAUUUUCCACAUUCAAACAGAAUCUUUAUGAGAAUUACACAACAGAUUACAGUACGGACACCAAGAUGACUUUUGGAAUUGUGUUCUCCAUUUUGUUCAGCAGCAUAACAGGGAUUAUGAAUGGAGCUAAUAUGUCAGGUGAAUUGAAGGAUCCGAGCCGGUCUAUUCCAAAUGGGACAUUAGCAGCCAUGGCAUACACCUUUAUAACAUACAUCAUACUUUCUUUUCUUAUUGCUGCAUCUUGUGACAGAUUCCUGCUUGUGAAUGACUAUGUGUUCCUUCAAGAUAUAAACAUAUGGAAGCCAUUUGUUGUGAUAGGAAUAUUUGCCGUAACAUUUUCAUCAGCGCUUGGAAAUCUAAUUGGUGGUUCCCGUGUCUUAGAAAGAUUAGCUAAUGAUCAUCUGUUCUGGUUUGUUUUGAGCCCAGCUACAAUUACAUCACGUAAUGGAAACCCUUUUGUUGCUGUCCUCAUCACUUGGCUCUUUGCUCAGCUUGUUCUCCUUAUUGGUUCCCUCAAUGCCAUUGCCCCUUUUACCUCAGUCUGCUUCUUGCUGUCCUAUGCCUCUACCAAUCUUGCUUGCCUUGGUCUUGAAGUAGCUUCUGCUCCAAAUUUCAGGCCUACUUUCAAAUAUUUCUCCUGGCAUACAUCGCUCCUGGGGCUCAUUGGUUGUAUCAUUAUGUCUUUUUAUGUAAGCCCACUCUAUGCAUCAAUCUCUGUGAUAGUAUUGCUCCUGCUUGUCAUUCUGCUGCAUAUCCGUUCGCUGCCUUCAUCUUGGGGUUCCAUUAGCCAAGCAUUGAUCUUCCAUCAAGUUCGAAAAUAUCUCUUAAUGUUAGACACUCGCAAAGAUCACGUGAAGUACUGGCGUCCACAGAUUCUUCUCAUGGUGGCUCACCCAUGUCAGUCCUGUGAACUCAUGGACUUUAUAAAUGAUCUGAAGAAAGGUGGGCUUUAUAUUAUUGGCCACGUCAAAAUAGGUACUUUGAACAAACAUUUGUCUGAUCCCAUCCAAGAUGACUAUUCCAAAUGGCUAAGCUUAAUCGACUAUCUCAAAAUUAAAGCUUUCCCUGAAGUUACCAUGGCAUCUAGUGUCUCCGAAGGUUUGAUUCAUCUUGCUAGAAUUUCAGGUCUUGGGGGAAUGAAACCAAAUACAGUGUGUUUUGGAUUUUAUGAUGAUGCAACUCCUGUUGAUAGUUUCAUGAAAACUAGAAUUCGUCAUGGAACUGUUGUUAACUCAGUCGAAGAUGGAUCUUCUGAAAAUAUUAGUGAGCGUUUUGGUGCAGUUCGGUCGGACAAAGACCCUCAUAGUGUACAAUCUUCUGAAGAGUUUGUUGGAUUCAUACGAGAUUGUUUGAAAAUGCAGAAAAACGUUUGUAUUUGUCGCCAUUUCAAUCAGCUUGACAAAAAUUCCAUUCUGUCUUCAAAAUCUGAGCAUUUCAUUGAUGUCUGGCCAUUGAACUUUUUCCAACCAGAAACUUCAAAUUACUUUGACGUAACUUGUCUUUAUAUGCUUCAGCUGGCUUGUAUUCUGCAUAUGGUUCCCAAAUGGAAAAAGCAUACCACUCUAAGAGUGUUUCUCUGUGUUGACACUGUAAACGACAAUACUUUGCAGAAAGAGAAAAAAUUGGAUGAUUUCUUACGACAACUUCGUAUCUUGGCUCGGAUCAAAAUAGUUCCAUGGGAUCAGAUUCUGACAUACUACCGUGCCAAUGAGGACCAACAUGAAUCUUCUGAAGAAAUGAUGCAGAAGUUCUAUUCUCUAGGUGAUUCUACUCUGAAGAUGAUUAACCAAUUAAUUGUGGACCAUUCUCGUGCCACAGCAAUCAGCUUUAUAUAUCUACCACUUGCACCCAGUGACAUCUCAAAGUAUGAGAAAUAUUUACACCAACUUACUGUAUUGUCAAACAGCCUUCCUCCAACUAUGUUCGUGCAUGGACUCCACCCUGUUACAUCAACCACUCUGUAAUCUUAUGACAAUGCUAAUUAACAAUGCUAAUUACUAAAGUCUUGUUUUGUAUCUCAGUGAUAUCCAAAAACCAAUGGAACAACUAUGACCAUCAAAACAUUCUCUAAAAAUAUGUGAAUGCAUCUGUGUCUGCAUGUAUGUGUGUUUGUAUAUAUAUAUAUAUAUAUA